UUCCCGUGCUCCCCCAUACAUGAAAGCGAGUGUUUCCCGUGCUCCCCCAUACAUGAAAGCGAGUGUUUCCCGUGCUCCCCCAUACAUGAAAGCGAGUGUUUCCCGUGCUCCCCCAUACAUGAAAGCGAGUGAUUCCCGUGCUCCCCCAUACAUGAAAGCGAAUGAUUCCCGUGCUCUCCCAUACAUGAAAGCGGGUGUUUCCCGUGCUCCCCCAUACAUGAAAGCGAAUGAUUCCCGUGCUCCCCCAUACAUGAAAGCGAGUGUUUCCCGUGCUCCCCAUACAUGAAAGCGAGUG